AUGAAACUCACAGUGCAGUCAGCUCGGCAACUCAUCGCGCAGGGAUGCAAGCACUGCCCGAACAACGAGGACGUGUGGCUUGAGGCGGCACGAUUGGAGAAGCCGACUCAUGCCAAAGCGGUGCUCGCAAAGGCUGUCAAGUCCCUGCCGCACUCCGUGCGUUUGUGGAUCGACGCGGCCAAUCGAGAGACGGACCUUCAGGCCAAGAGCCGCGUCUUGCGAAAGGCCCUGGAGUUCAUCCCCAACUCCGUCCGAUUGUGGAAGGAGGCCGUCAGCUUGGAGGAUGAGACCGAAGCCCGUGUGAUGUUGAGCCGGGCUGUGGAGUGCGUGCCCCACAGUGUGGAGAUGUGGCUUGCAUUGGCGAAGCUUUCUGCCUACAAGGAUGCCCAGAAGGUGCUGAACGAGGCACGAAAGCACAUCCCGACUAGCCCGGUGAUCUGGGUGACAGCUGCCAAGCUGGAGGAGACGCAGGGCAACGAGAAGAUGGUGGAGCUGAUUCUGACGCGAGCCAUCGACUCCCUUGCUGCAAACGGUGUGACCCCGGACCGAGACAUGUGGCUGAAGCAAGCGGAAGAGGCCGAGAAGACAGGCUUCAUCAAGACAUGCCAGGCCAUCAUCAAGGUCACCAUCAAGGUCGGCGUGGAUGAAGAUGUCAAGGGCAUGAAGCAGAACUGGAUCCAGGCAGGCAUGUCUGCAGCCAAGUAA